AGCAGGAGCCCAGAGGUGAGGGACACGGGCUUUCAAACAGCUGCCUGUGCAGGAGGGCCGUCGGGUGGGGCAGGGGGCAGGUCAAGAGCCACCACCCGACCCCGUCCUGGGAGCACGGUGCUCAGACUCUGUGGGGACGCGUGUGAAGGGCAGGAGCAUGGGUUUUGGUGACCUUCCUCUAGCGGUCACCACAGUGCAGUCUGUUGCGCUAACUAAUAUAAAACGUACGACAGCCGUCUUCUAACGUGGAGGCGGGAGGGUCCUUAAAUGUAUUGGAAAUCCAGCCAGAAGUUCCUCUUAGUCUCCAAACUCUGCCGGACUUGAGGUCAGCAACAGCAAAUGGGCCGGUUGUGAAAAGAAGAAAUAUUUUUUUGGUUUUUAUUUCUGGGCAAAGAAUGAAGUUUUGUUUUUACAUUGUUACAGAGAAAUUAUUGGGUUAUUUCAAUUGCACUUACUGUUUGAGUGGGUAAGUAUGUUUGUAAUAUCUUCUCUGCGUGUAGCCGCCGCUGGUGUAGGAGAAAAGGAUUUGGAAACGGGGCAGUGGUAAGCGAUACCCACACCCUCCUUUGUGUCUUUACGUACUGAGCGUAGGGGAUGUUUUUCACGGUUGGAAUCAGAAUUCCCACCUUGUGUUUGAGAGCUGACGUGGUCCAGGGUGGGAGGUGGGUUUCCUCCGGCAAGGACUCAGCAUAGCCCCCUGCCUGGGCGGGACACGCUGUCCUUCCCGGUGUCCAGGGCGGGGAUAGGCACACGCGGGUGGCCUCGUCCCUUUCCCAUCCAGGCCUUGCACUGGCUUCAGAUGGGAGUGUGGACGGGCUUCACGCCCUAGGCAGGUUAACAGACUAGAACUGGGGACUUGGGUUUUCCUCCGGUUUAUAAGGACCCUGACGUGACGGGUGAUGAUAAUCCUUGUGCUGAGUCCUGCAAACACCUUCUGUGUGCCAGACGUUACUGCAGCCCGUCUACACAGCCGCCCCUGCUCCUGUGCUCCCGACAGUGAUUUCUGCGUGCGGAGAGCGAGCGCAGACAGUGUGAAGUCGGAGACGAAUACAUGACGAGCCCAGACGCACCUGCACGGACGGUGCCUCGUGGGACGAGACGCGGCGUGGGCGCCCGAGCCCUGCUUUGGUCCUGGGACGCCUUUAAUCCUCCGCACCUAGGACGAUGACUCAUGUGAGCGAUGGCGGCACGGCAGGGAGCAUUUUCGACCUGGACUACACGUCCUGGAAGAUCCGCUCAACGCUCGUGGUCGCCGGCUUUGUCUUCUACGUGGGCGUCUUCGUCGUCUGCCACCAGCUGUCAUCCUCCCUGAAUGCCACCUACCGCUCCCUGGUGGCCAGAGAGAAGGUCUUCUGGAACCUGGCGGCCACCCGCGCGGUCUUUGGCGUUCAGAGCACGGCCGCGGGCCUGUGGGCCUUGCUGGCGGACCCCGUGCUCCAGGCCGAUAAGGCGCGCGGCCAGCAGAACUGGUGCUGGUUUCACGUGGCGACGGCAACGGGAUUCUUUCUCUUUGAAAACGUCGCGGUUCACGUGUCCAACGUGCUCUUCCGGACGUUUGACUGGUUUCUGGUCGUCCACCACCUCUUUGCCUUCCUGGGCUUUCUCGGCUCGGUGGUCAACCUCAGAGCCGGCCACUACCUGGCCAUGAUCACGCUGCUCCUGGAGGUCAGCACCCCCUUCACCUGCGUUUCCUGGAUGCUCCUGAAGGCCGGCUGCUCCGACUCCCUGUUCUGGAAGCUGAACCAGUGGCUGAUGAUCCACAUGUUCCACUGCCGCAUGGUGCUCACCUACCACAUGUGGUGGGUGUGCUUCUGGCACUGGGACGGCCUGCGCAGCAGCCUGCACCUUCCGCACCUGGCGCUGUUCCUCGUGGGGCUGGGUCUGCUCACGCUCGUCCUCAACCCCUACUGGACCCAUAAGAAGACGCAGCAGCUCCUGACCCCGGCGGACUGGAACUUCGCGCAGCCGGAGCCCGGAGGCGGCCGGCCCGUGGGGGCUAAUGGCCAGGUGCCGCAGAAGAAGGGGCAGUAGCCGCUCGGAGCCCAGGGCCCCGGGGCGCAGGCGGCUGCUGUCCACGGGCUCCGCGAGGUCCCCGCCGCAGACUCUCGCGGAGUGAGGCAGGGACCGCGCUGUCCCCGGCGCUCUUUCCGAGUCACACUGACUGUGCUGAUUUCCCGGUGGCCGCAAAGGGUGUGGCAAAGCCUGGCUUUGCCUCUGGGGGCACAUUUUUGCCGUCGCGACCCUGUCGCCUGCUGUGGUUUGCUCCUGUGCGCCUAACCGUGUGCGGCCCUGUUGACCAUCAGGGAGGGCGUCACGGUGGCGGCCGGGCCACCUGUCCAGGAGGAGGGAGCGCUCCCGGUGCCGGGCGUGACUCGGCAUCAGCAACCCUCCCCCGCACCCCCUUCCCCGCCGCUGUGGCCGUCAGGUCAGCAUCCGGUCUGUCCGGUCACACGGUCAGCAGUUUGUGUGUCCUAUCUGGUGGUGGUGACCUUCUUAGCCGCAGGGCACUGUCCUCGGACAGAAGGGGUCCUGUUUGGGCCCCUUGUUAGAAUCUCCGUGGAUGGAGAGGCCAGCCUGGCUGCGGUCGCGCCAUCUGGUGGCGAAGCCGCGGGCGGGCCCCUUGCAGGAGUGACCCUCCCCCCCUUGGGGGACGGAGCCAGCCUGGUGGGUGUGUGUGCUCCAGUGCAGGCUGUGGGGUCACGCAGCAGGGGAUCUCCAGUAAAACCAGAAGCGUGUAUUCACACUCUCUUGGUCACUUGGUAAAAUAAGGUAGAUGUUCGGUAAUCAGACCUGUCUGGAUUUUAGAGCCGUUUUCAACGGACCGAGUUGCCGGUGUGCUUCCCAACUGGACCCUCAUUCCGUGGCUGGCGUUCCUGAGGGUUUCAGGGCCAGGCACUGGGCACUCUGCCCUGCGAGCUGGGAGGGCAGGCAUGCCGCCUUCACCUGCCGCCUCCUCGGGAAGGCGGGCACCAGCCUAGCACGUGUGCGGGGAGGUCCGGGGCCCCCCCGCUUCCAGAGCUCGCUUAGGUGCAUGCCUCCACUGUUAGCAGAGAUGUGUCCGCCGAGUAACGGCCUCUCCUGUGAAAGUGAGGGUCCCCCCGCCCCGACUUCCUUUAGUCCGCGAGAACAGGCACCCAGUAGGUCUUGUGUAACAGCAAAGUGCUGCAAAGGGGGUCCUUCCAGCUCACGAGAGGUUUCAGGGGACCGCCCUACUGUGGGCAGUGGGGGACACACGUACAGACAUUUGAUUCUGGCCUGGGGUGUGCAAUUAAAAUUAGGUUUAUUUUUUUUCUUUUGAAAGCCUCUUUGACGUCUUUGCAAAAAACAUGCGUUUAUUGGUCACGGAAACGUCCGACUCGUGUUUAAGUGACAGGGCGCUCACGGCGGCGAUAUUGGUUACUGCUGCUUCGGCUUUAUGCUUAGGUCAAGAUCCGUAACACCCGUUUAUCUCCUCGUAAGGAGUGAUUGAAGCCUCAAAGGUACCCCGCAAACCGCGUCCCCCAAAGACGACUAACUCACGAUCCUGCGGCCCCCGCCCUUCUUGUGGAACAGACUUAGCUGGUGUCUUCCAAUGGCACAGAAGCUUAAUAAAGUAACUUAUGUUUAUGGACCCAAAA